AUGCCAAGCCUUUUGCCCAGCAACUCUGUCUCUGAAGUACCCGCCCAAACGGUCAAUCCGGACACCACCCUGCGACGUCAUCGAAGUGCUCACAAGAGCAGCGGCCCCAUGGAUUCCGUCAGCAUCCAGCGAAAUGUGACUGAUGUUUCCGAGUCACCACACACUGACGACCAGCCAGAGGCACCGGUUGAGCUUCUUGUUUCCGCGAUCGCUGACCAUGCACAUUUUCAGUGCGAUGCCAGCGAAAUGGACUUUGGAGAAGUGCAGAUAUGUGACAGUCAACGGAGACAGUAAGAUUUUAUAUAACUUACGUAUUACUCCAACAAAAUGACAAACUAUCUGCAAAACUAUAUAAUAUGAAUUAGGAUCCUCAGUUUGAUCUGUAAGUUUAAUAGAACGAAAUCGGUAAGAAAAAAAUAAUAACGGCAAGUUUCCUAGUAAUCAAGCUCAACAAAAUAAGCUGCUGACACAGUAGAUGAGAAUACCACUGUCCUGUACGACUAGCGUUCAGACGCCCUCUCUGAGACAACUCAUAGCAAAAGCUUCCUUAUGUGAUUUCUACUGUCCCAAAGACUGCCCAAGCCUUCUCGAAUCAUUGGCUCAAUAGUAUGGGGGUUCAGGCGUCGAGACAAAUUAAUUCGAAAUCCAGUAGGCAAAGCCAUAGAAACUUGCACUUUCUGCUGAAGCACAUUCUGCGAGAUGAUUACACUUAAAAUAUCGACUUCGCUAGUUUUCCAAACGGCAUCCUAGUUCCAAAUUUUUUUUACUCACAGCCAAAAUUCUGAAAAAGCUUUGACUUCGUAACUCAACAUGCUCGAAUAUCAGACACAAGAUAAAGAAAAUAAAGGAGUCAACUAGGAGAAUUUACUUGAAUUGUGUAGCAUAGGUACAUAUACCGCAAUAUUUUCAAAGUAAAUGUUUGGUAUGCAUUUCUGAUAUCUGUGCACUACAGCAGACAUUAUGAAAGAACUUCAAAAGGUGUAUAAAUAUCAUUUUACUAUCCCAUAAUCAGUCUCACGUGGUCCAAAGUCGGGUUGUUGCUGAGAGUUUCAGAAAGAAUAAUCUGGUCUAUGAGAAAAGAUACUGAUUGCUAAAGUAAUCGCUCAACUAGCCUGACGUGUGGCCUUGUAUCCCAACAUUAGAAAGCGAUAGAGACAGGGAGUGCAUCAGAGGCACGAGGCGCUGCUAUGUUGUCGUAAACCGACCAGGAAAGAUCAUGCCACUUAUGACCACGUGGUAUUUUAGCUAGGCAACUGCGAACUUUGACGCGGCUUGCCUGUGAGUAGGUCUGCGACCGCGCAACAACUGCGUCUGAAAAUUAGGGCAGUAAAGCUCGCUCACAGCAGUUAGGAGCAUAACGCGCGUGUUUCUGCCUGUAACUCGCUUUUUCGCGAAUAUAGGUUACCUGCAGUAUACCAUCCGCGUAACGAGGCGGCCGACUGGGUGGGAAGCAUUCCUCACUUCUUGUUUUCAAUCCCUAUAUAUCCUAUAUAUUUCACAUCUGCGAAGAAAAUGCCUACUACCGAAUGCUUAACUAAUCAAUUUUACUUUGACUCCAUUUCCGAUGAGUCUAAUUCAGUUCUUUUUUCACAAACUGACCUGUAAUUCAAAGGAAAUAAUGCAGAGGAUACGUAACUCGGAAGGAGAUUUGCGACAAAUUCUUUAAUCGCCUGUUUUCAGCGCAAUACAGCAGCAUAAGUGUUAGAUGCUAACAAAAUUUUGUUGCAUUGUUCGUUUAGAGAGUUUGUAUUUUCAAUCUGAGCAUGCAGACUUCCAUUGAAUUUACAUCAAUUGUUCCGCUCAUUGAAGCGUAUAUACAGACUCGGUCUUCUGUUGGCAGCUCAACCUGCACUGGAUUUCGAGCAUAUGUUGAAGGGCAGCCACUAUGGCCAUGUCCGGCGUCAUUGUCCACAGCCUCGCUACCGUAAGGGCAUUCGCCCCCUUGCGGCGAGCCGUUCCAGAUGCGCUGACUUUCGGCAACUCGACUCACUUCACCUUGGACACCUGAGAGGACAACCCUGGGUUCUGUGUACAAUAAACCCAUCAAUCUGCGCGCUGAGUUCACACUCCUGCAGCUUAUUCGCUAUACAUCGUCCAUCUUUAGUGGAUUGUGUUUUCAGUUAAACCAGCAUAUAUUUAACUCAUAGUAUCUUGAUUGCGAUUGUCCCUUAUGGUAACGAAUGAAUUCAAAAGCAGUGAUAAUUCUAGAUGGAACUGGCUACUGCUAUAAGAGAGAGCGUAAUUGGAGACGGGAACCUAUGCCUGAAGACUCUAAUGUAGGGAUAUCAUUUUCAAAUAUUUUUUGGCUGCUCCGAAGCCGCCUGUAUUGUCUUCCGCAUUGUUAAAUGUAGUUUAGUUACUGUUUUUUUCUCGCUUUUCCGCUCCCAGAGUAGCUAUCAGUAAUAAGGGUUUCGUUACACUGAAGUUUGCCUUCACGCAACCAACUAACAAUGCGGAGAAGUCCUAUACAAAUCCCGGCACACUGCCCGAGUCUUUUGAUUCUGUCGGUCAAAUACCUGAGGCUGUUCGUGAGGAGUCGCCAUUCCGUAUUCAUCCGAUUGAAGGUACUGUCUUACCAGGAGCGACUCAGCAAAUUGACGUAAGUUUGCUUUUGGUUGCCUGUCAGCAUGCAUCAAGUGCAGACAAAUGUACGUGAGUACUUUGUAGACAUCGUUAAACGUACGGCCAAGAACAAAUGGCUAUUCGAACGAGCCAAAAACGAUGAUGCCUCCCAUUGCUUAACGCGUGACCGAAUGCAAAUCCCAUCAACUAUUUUCUCUCAAAAUAGCACAACUUCUACAUCUGCACACUUUUCCCUCUCCUUUUCAGUACGCGAAUAGAUAUAAAGAUAUUCUCCCGAAAGGCAUGACGUACGAUUCAUAUCUUAGGGUCGUUUUUAGGAAAAUGGAGUUUCAAUAUGGUAUAGCAUUUUUCAGAUGACGAGUCAAAAUGAAGUGAUAUGUAAGCUAGUAUUUUCUACUACUCAUUUUAACCAGUCUAAUGAGGCAGAAUUUAAGGGUCGCACAUACUAAGGAGUGGUGCGUACAUAUGUAUGUGACAUCGGAGAUGAGAAAUCAGUUUUCGGUGACAACAUCCUAAACCAGCCAUAAGGCAACUCUUCUAUUCUGGAAACAACACAAUGAACAAGGCGGAAGGAUUAAUUAAAAAUGAUAAUAUGGGCACACCCCCCCACCGGGACGACUGCCGUCACUGAAACCCUCAGCGGAGACCGUUAACUGGGACCUACUACCAGUAAACGUGAACCUGAGCAUACCCGUCGUCCUCUUGCAGGCCUAAGGUCUACGCGUUGUAGUGACGUCUGAGUAGUUUAGGAGAUAGACUGCGUCUCUUCGAAAGAAGCCAUCGAACGCCGAAAUUGGGUCCACACUGUGACCGGGGUUCGAAAGAUACUUUGGGACAAAACUCCUAAGCGCCUUCAGAGCUCAAUCGACAGCACUUCCUCUGCCAAAAGUACGGUGCUACGCCAGGAACAUCAACAACUGCCCGAUGAUGCGUCGACUGGAGUUCAGAUCCGGCCAUGGAGCCUACAAUCAUAGGUAUCACUAACCGAUGAGAGCAAAUAAGCUCUUAUGACCGUCCGGUAAAGUUUCCCGUUUAUUGAUUACUAGUCGUCUGAGUCGAUUGUUUACUCUAAGCUCCAAAAACGGAAAUGCCCCCUACCGUUCUUCCAUCAGGAUAGACCGACACAUGACUGACAUGUGUUUACAUGAGUCCCACGGUGUUGAGUAAUAAGCGCAUGCUCAUAUGGUUUUCUCUUCUCACCUUAUUUUGUGCUUCCAGCGACUAUUUUGCACGUGUUCGACUAAUCACACUCACGACAGUCGUUGCUUUCCCUGAGAAUAUUCGCUGAGUUUUCUCAUCGAGAUGUCCGAUGGAGCGUUCGACAAUAGUUUAUCAGCAGCAAAUGUUGAUUUACUCCGUUUCAUUGUGUAAAGUACGCGGUCAAUAUCUGCGUAUGGCUCAAUUCUUUCAGCACUGAGGUCAGUAAUUUCCAGGGGCGACUUUGAAUGAACUUUUCAGCGCACUUCUUCUCGGUAAGGGAGGGAGCUUUCACGAAAUUUGUCUCAUCUUCGCUGUGUUCUUCUGGCAUAUUUUGCUAAUUGGAUGCAAGUGAUGUGGUCAUGGUCACUUUACCUCUGAACCGAAGUAGUGUUUGCGAAACUGAACCGCGAACAUAUCACAUUUGUAUCCACAUAUGAGGACCUCCACGAAAACUAAUCGUUAUUAUUUUUGCCCAGUUGUAACUUGAAUCUUCGCAAGUGACAUGUUCAGAACAGUGGACAACGAACUGUCAUCUCUGAAGAAGCAGAGUCUCGUCGAGCACGCUCACUCCAAAGGGCAAUUUCACCUACCCAUCAUCUGAAACCGGUGGACCUAGUACAGCGCCUGUACAGGAACAGGUCAUUUUGUCUGUCUGGCAGAUUGUCAGUGGAGGCUGCGCACCGUUCUUUCCAGCCUGCCUAUAAUAAGCAACAUAUGUUUGAGCGUCUUCGUAAGCAGCGGAAGUAUGAACUUGACGUCUAACUGGGCCGUCGUCUGGAAGCUAGUCUCGUGCAUCUGUUAUGCCAAGUAGUCACCACCUCGGCGAUCCCACCCAGUAAUGCCGCUUUUUCAGCUGCUAGGCUCCCUGCCAAUCGACCUUUCACUACGACCAAUUGGUCAUCUCUUGAACGAAAAUUGCUUCAGAGGAAAUUUUUCGUACAGCUUUUGUGGACUGUGGUUCGUCCGCGUCUUCUAGGAGUUCCCUUAGUGCCCUGUUACCCAAGUAGUGAGGAGGAUUGAAGAUGGUGACCUACGCAAAGUUACGAGGACUUAGUCAUAUUGUGCACACAAGUACAGCAAUCCCCACUGUGGUUUAACUCUCUAGCUGGGUUAAGCGUUCCGAGCUUACAUUUGCUACUAUUUAGCUGCUCAAUGGUGAACAGACGCUGUAAUCUAAGGGAUAAUUCGUAUUUUUAGAUCAUGAAUGGUUACUAGGAAUUCUAUGGUGGCUUAGGCAAUACGCGCCCAAGAAUACUGAAGAUGGAUCUAUUUGAAUGGUUUUUGAAAAGGUUGAAUUUUUAGAUUAGAAUGGAAAACAGUACUCAGUCACUAAAGCAUCAUUCGUGGAGAAAAAAAUACAAAGACAACAUUUAUUGUCUCAGUAAUUCAGUGGCUACGUGAGCAGCGUAAGUAAGAUUCAUUCCAAACCAACCAGAGCGGAGCAAAAUACCAAGACAGCAAACCCGACAACGAAGCAUGCAGGAAGUAAAUCACCAAUGGCGACUGAAGGCUGCGGCGGAACUUGCAAUCAAGGAGGAUCAGGACUCCAAAUGAGUGCGCUUUAAAAAUUUAUAAUCAAAGGCAAUCGGUGACGGUGACUACCACUCUACCCGCUCCCACCACCGGCCCGAACGCUCCUGAUGUCGCGCUAAGUACCGCCUUCAUCCUCACCAUCACCUCUCACACCACCAGCAAUGUGGACUCCCUCCGAAUCUGUCCUAAUUGCGGUUGUACCUUUACAUCACAGAUGAACUUGGCCGGUCACUUGCGAAUCCAUUGAAUUAAGAGCACCGAUACCAGGAACACCAAUAUAUACCCGGCGCACCCGCCUCACCUUCCCGCACGGUUCACGCAAAUUCAGUCACCGCGUGGACCUACUCCGCCACAUGCGCAAUUAUGCAAAUCUGCGGUUAAUUGCACAUCAAACCCUCUCAUCACACAUCUUCCCACCAGCCGAUCAUACACUAACCCAUCUCACGUCACCCACCACAGGCACGGAAUAGGCACUUCUCAUGCAAGUGGGAAGCGUGUCCUAUGGUUUCCUCUUCAUGUGGUCUCUAUGGCACUCUAGCGCUUGUGAGAUUUGAGCAACCCACCCCUCUGCUUAAAGACCUGGCGUUUUGUUGGGUGCAGGUCGUGUGCGUGGCACGCGCAGACGGGAUGUUUUAGCCCCAUCAACCACAGUGCGCCAAAGGCCGUGGCUAGGAAGGCUGCCAACUAACGGGGCAACUCAGUCCUCUCCUCUCCGAAGGGAGAAUCAGACUGCAAUGGCUCUUUCUUAGUUCAGCCACACACGCAAAUGGAAUCUCAGUAUUUUUUUUCUUAUGUGUUAGAACCUGGUUCAUCGGGCGCCCACCAGGUGCGUGUGACAGGCGCGGACGAGCUGUUUAUUUUUGUCGGCCACUGCGACCGAUCCCACCUUUGGUCUUUCGUGAUUCCGUCUUGACAACGGGCUCAGAUGAGUGAGGGAGCGGGGGGUGUGUAGCAGGCGCAUCGCAAGUCUACUAGCACCUUAAACUAACUCACAUGCAAUUCAUCGUCGCCUCGCCCAUCCUUCUAUGAGACACACAGUGGACAUCGACGGUAACAAUGGUCGAACUGGUAUAUGAUAUGCCAUUAUAAAUGCCUCAACUCGUUCUUAGAUUAACUUUCCUGAAAACCUCCGUCUCGCUUUUUGGGACAGCGUCCGGUGGCGAUUCUAUUUUUCUUUAGACUUUCAAUUCCACUUCCUUUACCCGACCUCGAGAUGACAGCAUCUGACUACUUCCUUUAGUCCUCUAAAGCAGCAACCUGUGGUUUGGCCGACAUAGUACGCUUUGAAACGGGAUAAGUUCAGUAUUCAAACAUAACUUUGAGAAAUCGCUAUUUUAUCCAUCGAACGUUGCCUUUUAACUUCGACGAUGCGAAUAUUUAAACUGGUUUUUGAGUACUUGUUGCGUCUUUUUUGCGUUUGUCAGGUUAAACUUGAGAGUUACUAAGAGAGUUCAAGUAUGCAGCUGAUGCAACCUAAAAUGGACGAGUCUAUAUUAUCCCUGAUGGCUUUGCUUAUCUCUCAUUCUAGAUAAACUUCUGUCCCAAGGAGGCCAGAAAGUACUCCGAACUUGUAACGUUGCGUGUUGAUAAUACCGAGACGACUGCACUCGCAAAAACUCCGAUGACAGUCGGAGCGUCCAACUCCUCACAAAACUUAGCCCAAUCGAAAGGAGGAGAAACGCCAACAGAGCCUGGUUACUGGCCAAUUAAUCUACUCGGCGUUGCGAUCGAUAGAGUCAUAAAAUUCUCAACAGUAAGCCUUGAUGGUGGUUGGACAGAACUGGACACUCUUUCCCAUCUGUCAUUGGAGUCUCCGGACGCGGACGCACAUUUAGUUGAGCUCAGUGCAGUCGGAGUGGGUUCGAGGGCCUCAAGGUAGGGAAAGUCACAAAUUUGCCAAACUUCACUUGUAAUUUCAAGAUGGUUGUUUUUACUGCCAAAUAGAAUUCUAAGUAACCAUACCAACCGGUGAGAAGUAAAAUGACUUUUUCGAAAACUUCAAGACUCCGUCUUGCCCCAAACUCUCAUUAGGGUUAGUUUCGUGACUGAGCUCUAACAUAUAUAGUUGACGUCGAAAUUCGUGGAAGAUUGACUGCGAUCUCAAAACUUGCCUACACCUCUAAAGUCCUCGCAAAAUAAGAUUUUAAUGCUGAUCAGAACGGGAGAUACCCCCGAAGCAACUCGUACGCGAUAAUAUUCAGCUUCUGGGUGGACAUAUUUCCAGUCGUAUCUGUAUCCGUGUUAUCAAAGAGGCACUGCUUAAGUAGUACGUAUCGUUUCUACUUAUUAUCGGGCUCUAUAUAAACUAAACAGCCUUCCCAAGGAAGGAUGCAAAAGUGUCAUUUUUAGUACUUAUCCGCCCUAAUACUAUUAAAAACCGGACCAAUUUUGGACAGUUGCUCUCGCUCAGUCAGCGGUUGAAUAAAUUCAUCCAUCAGCAGAGGUACAGGACGCGUACUUGUGCGCUCUAAGGUUGAUGCAGCAUCGUUAAUAGUGUGGUGUGCAGUGGAACCGAGUAAGUUAGACCGAAGAAUCGCGGUUCAUUUUUGAAACAUCGGGAGAGACAAGUCCCAAAUGUGGGUAAUACCAAAUUUCCAUUCCAUUUAUUCAGAAGACGACUUAGCGGGAAUUUGUUAAAAAAUAAAUUUUUAUCAGACCUAGAAAACUACAUAGAAACUUUGUUUUUAAGUUGGAAGGACAAGGCACAAAGCCUGUCUAGAUCGAGGAUGACUAAUAUCCCCGGCACUGUUGGACACCUGGAGGGUAAUCGAGGUAAAAUGGAUUAGACUGCCCUCCCGGCGUUCUCCGUAGCAUGCCUUGGCCCAGCCAAACAAAGAUCCGGUCGACAUACUGGCCGAUGCCUGACCAGGCAAUACCUUUCACCUCUUACAUGCUAUACUGCUGUUUGCCAUGCAAUCGUCGGAAACUUGGCAUUACUUCGACCCCUGUCCGGCAACUGCACUUUGGCCCUAGGGACUCAGAGGAGCUUGGGGAUGUGGGCUUAGUACAUAGGGUACCGUCUUGAGACUGCUACGGGUGAAUAUGCCUCCCUUAUUACCGGGAGCGUAUGCUCUAAAUAAACGCAAUUCGUUUAUCACGAACGCUGAUCCUCAGAUGCUCGAACUCAUUGUUACCAAUUCAUACUGCUGUAAACAUUUAAUGGAAAUGUGUGUAGGCAGCCUUGUUCUACUUUUGUUUUCUCUUAGGAAUCUCCUCGUUACGAACACUAGUCAGACGUGCUACCGGAUUCACUUUCGUAAUACCGAAAAGGCCGCAGUGAAACGGGAUGAAAUCGUCUCGUUUUCUCCCAGUUUCUUGGCACUGGAACCCGGAAUCAGUGAGCAGGUGAUUUUAAAUGGCCCGCUAAUGUGUUGUUGAUAAGUUGACAACCUAGCGUAUUUCAUCAAUACGAUAGCGGACUUUUUGCAGUCAUUGAAUAAACAUCCCAGCUGGCCUCAAACCUCAGGAGGCGCUUGUCUUCCACUAACUACGUCGAUGAAUUCCCGUUCACGUUUAAAUAAAACUUGUGACGGAAUUCGGCUGGAACCCACGCAGUAGCCAGUCACCACUCUAAAGGGCCUCACCACCUAAGAAAAUAUGAAAACUCAACAGGGCUGAGUACUUCGUGAACUAUUAAUUGUGCUGUUGUUUAACAACUGAAACUUCGCCAAUAGAAGCGAAGAGACGAGCCCCAGGAAGUAGUCUUGAAGAAGGAGAUACGAUCGCCGGGACAAGAACUUUAUUAGCCUGACGUCUCGGAUUCCUACUCGAAUCCAUCAUCAGAGACAAAAAAGCACGAAAGAAAACCCUUAAAUACUGUGACGUGCAGUACGCAACCCACCUCCGAUGAUGGAAGCUUGUUUGCUUUCGGAACGUCAGGCAAAUAAAUCCAUGGUUCCUGUGAUCGCCUUAUUUUCUCAGUUAUAUCCUGAAACGCGCAUUUUCGCUUCAAUCAGCAAUAUAAAUUAAUAUAAAUACAAAUAUAAAAUAUUGAAAUCAAAAACGUUCCAAUUCCAAAUAUAAAAUAUAUUAGAAGACUGUCGAAAAUCAAUAGAAAAAUGCAUGCUACUUAAGUAGUCAUUUUUGACGAGUAUGGUUUCUGCAGGAGGUCAAAAAGGAGUGUAUUUAAAAGCCGACAUCCUGGCGAGUGCGAAAUGUUAUAGGGUUUUGCUGCAUUAUAAUCAGUAUAACAACCCCACUUAAGUAAUCCUUCCUAAUCGGAAACGCAGUCCAGAAUUUUGGCCAACAUUUGAUGAGAUCGGUCACUCACUGAACUUUGCUUCUUAUCCUUCGCCAUUCGUUGCAACCGUCCGUUCAGGGGCUACAGGAAACGUUUAUUUUGAUGAAAAACGUAGAUGUUUUUCAAAUAGCAUAGGCGCCAAGGAGAUUUCAGUUCUGCUGAAACGAUAUCCAGUACUGUUUACUUCUGCGACAUCAUUCCUAAACGUGAAAUCAAAAGAGGCGGAAACCAAUCUUGUAUUAAUUCCCUUCAACUAAUUCGUGCCUUCUGACUUGACCUCACUUUAUUCACAGAUUGAGGUCACCUUCACCGGACAACUUCAGGAGACUGUUCAGUCAAAAUGGGAGGUACGGAUACCGGAACUUGAUGCAGCAUUUCCACUCACGGUAGUGGGACGCACCCGGGAACCGAAGGUUACCUUCGACCGUACCAAUUUUACUCUGCCAACUACACUGGUGGGACACACCGUGUCACGUACCGAAGUCUGCCUGAUAAAUAGGGAAUCGGACGCCGCAUACGACUUUGCAAUUUCAGACAAAAGCUGUCUGUGCGAGAACCUGACCAAUCGGCUCACAGUAUGCCCUCGCCGAGGUCGCCUUCAACCAGGCGAAAGGUGUGUGGUUUUUUAAGUCCUAUAAGUGCAGCUUUCUCACGCAAACAAAAUUGGGUUUUGUAUAGUGAUGCAAUGCCUAACUGUCAGGUCCGUGAUUGAAGGCUAAUGUUGUUGUUAGAGUUGUCAGUGAGCGCAUCCGGUUAGAUUUGAUGCCCAGAAAUUUAAGCGAAUUGACUGCCACGUACAGCAUGCAAGGUUAGCGCAGCGUUCUGGUAAUUCCCAUCGAUAACGCAUAGCACAGUUUGUUUAGGGCAUGCUGUAAAUAAAAAAAACAUGCGAAACCUAAACGAGAUUUUUAUUCUCACGCUUUUGCUGUUUCACUUCGACCGCUCCCAAUGUUCCCGCUUAUAUAACGCUUAUUUCCACCUAACCUCCAUUAUCCAUCAUUUAAAUUUUAUUUUGAGAGGGGCUGUGACUCCAAAGUUAUGGCUGAUAGAAUACUGGAGAUGCCUUUAACUUCAAGAUCCCUGUUGUCUAGUUCCGUUAUGGACGGAAAAAGAAAGACGCCAGCAGGAGAUGUGUAUUCGGGUGGCAUCCAGAGCCCCCUGACCCGCGGCCAGUUCUAGGCCUGCGCCGCUCCUCUUCACAAUCGUGGUGAGGGUGCGAAUGUCUGAGCGUGCGUCCCACAUGCAGAGUCUGUGGUUGACUGGUCUUGGAGAUGAACGCGCGCGUGUUCGCGUGAUCACUUGCUUCCUAACACGACUUGUGUGCAGGGUGGAUGCCUUGUGAGCGCUCGAGGACCACCAACUUCAUUAAACCACACUUUCCUGGAGUGAUACCACAAGUUUAGCCUACUAAAACAAUUUGAGUAGGCGUGAUUACAUCGGCUUUACAUCAUGGUACAACCGGCUGUCCAUCUUGGCUUUUCAGUUGCGGUUGGACUCUCCUAAUUCUCUUAAUCCAGCUAGAGGUUGCGUCUAGGGGAAAGUGUGUUUACGCCACCUUCGGUUACACCAAGCGUUACUUCGUACGUGCUUACUUGAGCGUGCUUCGAGCUCGGCUUGCUCUCUGUUGUCCAGCGAGUGGCUAAGUUUGAUAUCUUAACGGUUUUGUUGGGAGGACAUGAUAUCUUUGACGGUUACCUCACAGCGAGUGAAUGUGUCGCAGGAGUCAGUGGGUACACGCCACCUGCGUUUACAUCUCCGAGUGUCCCAUUAGGAUUGCUAAUGACUUUACUUGGGCGGAGUGAAACUGCGCCAGUUACACUGCCGCGCCCACGAGCUGCGAAUUACGAUAGUUCACUCCAUUGCUUUUCACUUGUAAUUGCGUUCCUCUUUAUUCUGUUAAUCGGGACAAUGGCUGUGUUACGGUUCCUUCUGUCGCCUUCCCCUUGCGUUUGCAUAUUCCCUCUACCAUUAAUCUAACUAGUGCCCUUGUCGCGGGGAGAGUGUUCACACGUCACCUUCAGUCAUAAUGAACGUUGGUUAACACGCACAUCCCAUUGCCUGCUUGCAACUCUGCUUGCGCUCCCUUCCCCUUCCUAAUCAAGUGAAUCGGUAGGUUUGGUAUUUUAACGGUAUUGUUCAGUUGCAGGGGUUUCCUACCGUUUGCCUUAGCGAAACCAUUGCUCUGCAGAUCUAGCACACGCUUCCGUUCGCGGCAUUCGAGUCGUGCAUACGUUCUCCUUCCGAUCUUCACUCAACAAGCGGUUGUGCCGUGGGGAGAGUGCGAACACGCCACCUUCAACUAAACCAGGUUACCAUUAACACAUUUGCUUCCUUGCAGGUGCUUUGAGUUCGGUUUGCGUCCUCUUUCCCUUCCUAAUCGUGUAUCCAGCUGAGCAGUUUUGUUAUCCGUACUGCUCUGCAUGAAAUGGUAUCACAGACGGCUUCCUUUGGGUGCAUAUCUCCUGUAGAAUUCGCGUGUGGUUCUACUCCUGGUCCGUGUGUUCGCCUUUUGCCGUCCUUAGUGAGGGGCUGCGUCUGCGGAAGUGUGUGCGCCUUUUCCUUCAUGGACUUACCUCACACUGACGUGCGGAAUCUCCAUAUGCACAGUGCGCAAUGCUUUCUUGCUCCGUCUUCCUAUAACUGGACUACUAUUAGGAAGAAUGCAUUUGCGUCUGCAGACAACAGUAAUAUUGUCUUAUACGUUGCACAAAAAUGGGAAAAGCUGUUCAGUUACGUUUAACGGUCGGACUUCGGAGACAGGGCGGCCAUUCGUUUCCGUACGUCGUCGGUUUGACGGGAACUUCACCUAGGUUACUGUCUUCGGCGUAAAACGUCUACUCACACGGCAUUUGAUAUAGAUGAGAGGUAUACCUUCGGCUUCUGUCAUUAACCAGAUAGGCGUCAGUCAUGUGUUGAAGGAAUAUUUCUCAGACUUCCGACAUAUUGCUUGCCUUCACGCCGAACCACAGUUGAUACUGGGCUUCGUCUAAGUGGGCCCACGGUGCUCUUCCUGAUAUCGGACCCUUUGGGUGGAGUUUUCACCUCCGUCUUCUCCAGUAGGCCUCGAUGGCGUUCGUAUUUUUACCACUGAUCGGAUCCGCAAAAUUGGUGUGGUGUGGUGUUGAUAACCUUUUUCCGGCAAGCGAGAGUAUGCCUCCAUUGCCUGGGGCCACCCGUUUCCUUAUAAAUGCCUUCAGGGCAGGCCAACUUCCGUCACCAACUUGUUUGAAGAGGGCCUUCUCCUGUGUCGUAUCAUACAUGCCAGUAAUCCAAUGUUGUCUCUUCCAUCGCCCUACACUGUACUUACGCCGGCUAAUAAUUGUCUUGUCAGUUUGUACUUCUAUGCCUGACUCUCCUAUUGGGUUAACCUCAUCCAGGAUGGCCUUUGAGCAUACAUAUCGCCAGAUGUUAUACCAUUUAGAUGCCGUGAUACGAUUUAUAUCAACUGACGUCGCACAUUUGAUGACCCUGUUCCUUCGAGGAAAGCGAGGCAGCUUACGUCAAACAGAUAGCCGUCGGUAUGCUAUACCUAAAUACAUACCCAUCGGUAUGCUGCCGUAUUAGUUGCAGUCUCAUCGGCCGGCGACAUCGGCAGAUUACCCCCGACGUUAGCAAUUUAUUUGCUUGGAGGUGUUGUGCAGUUUGGGGCGAGUUGAUUGCCUUUUGUAUUUCAGGAGAGUAUCUGGUGAGCAUACGCGUGUUUCCGAUAAAUUCUCAUCGGGCCUAUACACUUAUAUGGGAACGAGGUACAAACUGAAACGUGUGAGCGAUAAGAGCAAUCGAUUACGGUUCGUCUUUUCACACGAACGGGGUAUGUGAAUAGGGCGAGGGAGGGGGGAGAGGAAGGAGUAAGUGACAGUGAGGGUCUGGUGGGGCCGUGUCACAAGGGGCGGGGGGAGGUAGGGGACGGGGGCGCGGAGACACGCAUAGAGUUAAUCGACCCUUGCCCACGGCAGGCGCGGAGCCUGCAUGAGGUUCUUCUGCGCGCACAGGCGGGCCUCUAUAGCCCAAUGGCAGUCGCCUCUGCUGUUGCUAGGACGCUCUCAUCCUGUUGAACGCACCGACGGGAACUCACAUAUGUACCCGACUGUCUCUAUGACCGGAACGUUUGUGUAGAUUGACAAGAUAUCAAGUAAAAGCACCAUCAUACCGUUUAGGUUUAGGUCUUUGACGUCUUCAAUGAAUUCGAAAGCGUCCCGAUAGCUAUGUGGUGCUAGUUGGUACAGUUGAGGUUUGGGUUUCUCUGCUAACCACUUCGCUAUUGCCGGAGAGGGGGAGUUGCGCAUGUCAAAGAUCGGGCGGACUGGUAGGCCAUUCUUGUGGAUCUCCGCUUAUGAAGCCUCCUGCAUGGAGUUUGCGUAGGCAGUCGAUCGGUUUUGCUUCUAUUUCGUCUAUGGGAUCUUUUUAUUUGUCGGCUUUCUUGCAUUUUUUCUGGUCUGACAAUAUAGGCUAUAUUUUCGCCACACGAUAAGAUCUGUCAGUAAAACUACGCCUGUUCCUUUAUCCGGUCUAGUUACCAAAAUAUCUCUGUUCUCUCUCAGUUGCUUUAGCUUCUGUAUGUGAGCUUUUGUUAGCAGUCCCCGACUUUUUUGUGUUUUUGCUCUGAUAUUGACGACUGCAAUGCACCAAUGUCGAUUUUAAGUGUUGGACACUAUCUGUGGUAAUGGGCUUUAGAUCGUACGUCUGGCUGCGGAUAUUCCCGAACUGUGUUUGGAAGUCUAGCUGACUGACGUUUCGGCGAGUUAUGCUGAACUUAGGACUAAGAGACAAUGCUUUAAUUGAUGUUUUAUCGAGAGCCAUAGAAGAAUAAUUAUGUACGUACCGAUGUGGGUCUUUUGGAAGCCCUGACUGUGGUUCCAUUUUGUGCACCUGUUGAAAGAAUGAAGAUCUCUUUGCAUCUGCCCGUUUUCCUCCUAUAGACUCGGUGUAGUUGGUAAAUUCUAGUCUUUCGUUUUCUGUCAGGAUGCCAAGAACGGCUGCGCGUUGACAAGCGUAACGCUCUAGUUCUUCCAUCUUUACGUGGAUGCUUUCCAGUUGGUUUUCCAGCGUAUCUUGCCAGGGUUACGAAGGCAGUAACUGUAUGACUAUGUCUUACGCACUCCAAUAGUGGCUUAGAUAUUCAUUUCUCUCAAUACAGUCCCCAAUAAAUUUGACGAGUACUUUCGCCUCCAGAAGCUUGGCGUUAAAACGUAGGCACCCACUGAGUACCUUUAACACCGCGGGAUCUUUGGACUGUUUUAAAGUUGCGAAAAUCCCCAUUGUGUAAUUUAGAAGAGAAUUUGGCUAGCAUACGCGUGUUUUCGAUAAAUUCUCAUCGGGUCUGCACAUUUAUAUGGGAACGAGGUACAAACUGAAGCGUGCGAGCGUGUAUUUUGCGAAAUCCCGUCCGCAUGUCCACCUGCGGUCCUACUCUACUAUGCGGCUUACUCGUCUACAGUUUGCAAAUGAAAUAAUUAAAUCGCUUUCGUCUUCAGAUUAAUUAAAUAUCUAGGCUACUUCACAGUUACGUCAUCAUUUACCUUGCCCCCCCCGUUGCCUUAGCCGUCUCGAAGGCUGCUGAUACCUCCAAAUGGCCAUUUGUUACAAUUAAGACCACUGACUUACGCUUUCUAUGUAUGUUUAUCAUUUCUUGUGGCCAUUUCGGUACUUUUUCCUGCGUCGUUUCUUCCUGCGUCAAGUUUAUUUCGCACGAUUUGCGGACUGACCUUGACACUGGGUUCCCAUUUCCGGUUGUUCGUUUAUUUUUGAUUGCUCCUGUUCCAGCCAACCACGGCUAUCUCCGCAGCCUGUUCACAAAUCCCUUCCCAUCUUUUAAUUUUGUACAUUUCCGUCGCCUCCCUUAAACAAUCCAUUUUGCCUUACCUACUCCUCUGGUACUUCUCGUAUUUUCUUCGCCCAGCAGACCUCAACCGCGACCCCAUCCGUAAAACCCCCUUUUACCACCAUCCCCAUACUAUAGGUGUCUUAAGCUUCAUUGUUCCAUCUGAGGCUGCCGGACCAAACCUCACCCACGUCGUUGCGUUGCCUUAUUUUAAGCAUUAUCACGGAGGAGUUGUAGGGAGCAAAGAGCUUGUCAAAUGUCUUCCUAUUUUAUAAUUUAACAGCCCACGGUGGCCGAAGCUAGCGCUACCUAACUAUCUCUCUUGUGAACUACCGUAACUAAUUGCGUCCUCACCUUUACAAUUAGUAGAGCCCAUUUAAGAUGACGUCAGUUGUUCACAGAUAUAGUAUCAGCCUCGAGCAAAGUCUUGGAUAUGAACUAAAAGCCUAUGCAUGGGAAGUCCUUACAAAGAGUACGUAGGGCGAAUUAGACAGUUAAUAAAUGCUAAUUUGAUUUCGGUGCACAUCCCGAGAGAAUGCCCGUUAAGUUAAACAUGGCUUUCUUUUUAGGCUUCCACUUACAAUCAGUUUCUGCCCCAAACAACCCAGACGCUUCAAUUUCAAUCUCAUAUGUCACGUCAAGGGCAAAAAAUCAAUGAGAUUAAAUGUGAAGGCUGAGAGCUUCACUGUGCAGACCUCUGCCUGGCUGGACGGCGACUUCGAAAACCAACGACGUGGAGUAGACCUUCUUCUUGAACCCUCCCUCGGCGAGACUGCUACUGAGGCCGCGUUGACCAUAAUACGCAAGUUUGAUAACUCACCAGCUCUCCGAUCCCGUCUAGUUGAUCUACAGUUCGGCGAAGUCGCCUGCGGUAGUGAACGCGUACGCCAAAUCACGCUAAUCAACCAUGGGACCUUUGACGUCGAAUUCACCGCCCUUAUUCACUCGCUACGCCGGCCUAUCCAGAAGACCCGACCUAACGCGCAGAAAAUGAAUAAGUUGACAAAUAACCUCUCCCAGAUGGUCUUUAUUGAGCCAUCUAAUGGUCUGAUAGCCGCAGGCUCACGAGUAACUUUGAGUGCACACUUCCUCCCUCAUGGUCGCCAGAAAGAUCCUGCCUGUCCACCCAGACACAUAUACCUAGACAACAACUUAUUUGCCCUAGUGACUGUGAGAGAUGGGCCAUCCUUUGGCUUCCACCUGACGGGCAGUUCGCUGCCACCACCCAUUGAAAUUUCACCGGACUCACUAGACUUUGGCAAUCAGUUUGUUACCUCGGCUGGCUUCGAGAAUCUAACCCUGCCUAUCUCCCUUCGCAAUACUGGGGAAACCGAAUCAAUUAGCAUUGAGUGCAUGCAACCCUCGUGUUCUGCCUUCCACUGUAUCUUUGAGCCUUGCGUUCUGGAGCCGUCGAGUAAGACAGUCGACAACCCCGGUCACAAAACAGCAUUGAUCAGUUUUACGCCAGCCGAGUGCAGACAGUACCGUGAUAGUGUAUCAUUCCGAGUCAAUGGUGCUACCGUCUACACUGUUCCGCUCAAGGGUAGAGGCGCCUCUUUGGAAUUAGACGUGGAAGUGGGCAAUCUGUUGCUAGGUAAUGCCAGUUCCAAACUCCGGGCGAGCUCGAACACUGGCAGGCUGAAUUUAUCCCCAUGUGAUACUACAAAUGCCGAUCCUGUGGUGGUUACACCAUCGAACUUUGCCUUUUUGGGCAGGCUUCGGGUUGGUCAGUGCUCUCGAAGGACAGUUAAA